GCCCUCGCGGGGCGCGCGCACCCAGCCCAGCGGCCGCCACCCGCCCGCGUCGUGGGGCGUCGCCGGGGCCUCUGCCGAGGCCGGGUCCGCACCCCCGCCAUGUCGCGCUACUGCCGGCCCAAGUACAAGAGCGGCGACCUGGUGUUCGCCAAGCUGAAGGGCUACGCCCACUGGCCCGCCAGGAUCGAGCACAUGGCCGAGCCUAACCGGUACCAGGUGUUCUUCUUCGGCACCCACGAGACGGCCUUCCUGGGCCCCAAGCACCUGUUCCCGUACGAGGAGUCCAAGGAGAAGUUCGGCAAGCCCAACAAGAGGAGGGGCUUCAGCGCGGGGCUGUGGGAGAUCGAGAACAACCCCACCGUCCAGGCCGCCGACUACCAGCUGGCCCGGGGGCAGGCCGGCGCCGACUGGCCCGGGCCGCAGCCGGAGAUCGGCGCGGACGCCACCGCAGGCCGCGGCGACCCGCAGGGGAAGGCGGGCGGCGACGCGCAGGCCGAGCAGGCCGCGGAGCAGGGGGCGCCCAAGAGGAGCGCGGGGGAGCUGCCGGAGGGCUCCCCCAAACGUCCCCGAGAGGCCGAGCCCCGGGAGGCCGAGCCGGAAGCGGAGCAGCCGCCGCCGCCGGAGGAGGAGGAGGAGGAGGAGGAGGAGGCCGAGGCCGCCGGGGAAGCCACGCCGCCGCCCCUCGUGGAGCUGGAGAUCGGCGGCGCCACCGCCCCCGAGCCGGGCCCGGCCCAGGCACCGCCCGCGGAGGGGCCCGAGCAGCCGGGAGAGGCCGCGGCCGCGGAGGCGCAGGCCCCGGGCGUCGCAGAGCUCGAGAGCCUGUAGUCACCGGUUUGGAGAAGAGCCCCCGCCCCGUUCCUGCUGCGGCCUGGCUGUUAACUGGGGAAACUGGCCACGGCCUACGAACUGGGACGCCUCCCCCACCCCCCACCCGCUCUCCUCCUCCGUCCAACCCCUUCCCCUCCCCCCCCCCCCCCCCCCCCCCCCGCCAACCGCGCCCAGCCCUGGGGGUUGACCUGGAGGGGCAGACCACCUGGCCCCCGGCACCCCUGUGAUCAGAGCCAGGACUUCCACCCCCACCCCCACCCCCUCCGGGGUUGAGCUGAGCCCACCGCGCCCCUCCCUGCCUGGAACUGUUUCCUAAGGUUUCAGUUGGGGCGUGGACCUGCCGUUUGCACCCUCUCUCCCUCCCCGGGGCAUUCUGGACCUCUGCGUUGGAAUCAGGGGUAGGAGGGGAAGGAGUGCAGGAUACAGAGCAUGGGUGGGUGCGGAGGGGGACUUCCAGGGGCUAGGAAGGGGCAGUCCUCAAACUGGGCUGGUAGUGGGUGGCCGUCUUCCAGAGCUCCUGCCCUGCCCCCAUGCCUGUUAUACCCAGCAGCUCGCAUUCCCGCAAAGUGGGAGGCCCUGUCUCCCAUCUGAGUCUCCCGUUUUGCUGACCCCGGGAUUUGUCGUUUUUUCACCAAAUAAUUUGAGAGCUUCCAAGUUGUUUGUGAGGUGGGAAGGGUCAGCUUUUGCCCAGCUCUUUGGAAGGGAGCAGUGAGGAACAUCUAUCCCCAUUCAGAUGUCUGGGCUACUGGAAUGUUCCGGGGAGACUCCUGGCCACCCCUUUUCCCUCUCCCCACAGCCUCAAGGCCACCCUACAGUCAUCUGUAUCACUCAGGCAUAAAACAAAAGGCACGUUGUUUAGGAAACCUAAUUUUUAAUGCAAAGAAUUUUAUUUUUUAUUUUUCAAAAAUGAACUUCCCUGGCGACGUCUUCAGUCAGCUUGCAGCUCUGCCAUGGUUUACCCCAGGUCUGAGAUGGACUAGGACGUUCCCUUUCCGUUGGGGUUUGAUGACUUUCUUUUUGUAGUUAAGGCUUUGGUGUUCCUCAGCAGGUGCCAUUUUCCAUCCACAUCCCACAAUCUGCCUCCUAUCCCACCCCCCAGCAUUGUCACCAGACCUGAAAUGUAACUUCCUGAGAAGAGAGAGGGCUAAGUGCCCCCUGCCAGCCUCUUCCUCCACUCUCUCUGGAUGCCUCUCUUGUCUGUUGUCUCUUUCACCCUUGCCCUUCUCUCUUGGGCUCUGAUGAAAAAUUGUUGACUGUAGCUUUGGAAGUUGAGAGCUGAACUAUUUCAGUUCCAGGAAAUAAAACCCGUUGAUUACUUUAAAUACA